GUGACACUUGCUUUCUCUUCCCUGAGGAAUGGGCUGUAAUAAGCUCUGUCACAAAAUCCAUAUGGUGGGAUGUCCUUGGGUCCCCAAGGAUGGAACUAUCAGGGGCAACAAGCAGCUGCCCAUCUGUCCUGCCAAACAUCCACACAGUGAAGAGCAAGCACAAAACACACAUCUGAGGUGUCCUGCUCUGCUCUUUGGCUUGGGGGAAAGAAGCAUGACAAGCAAGAACUCAAACCUGUUUCUUUCUGAAAAGCUGCCAACAGCAGCAAAUUUGCAUGACUUGCCUGCAAUGAGAUGCUUUGCUAGCAGGUCUGUGCCUAGCUGGUGGAAAUGCAGUGUGCUUCCAGGACAGCUCAGAAGGAUGCACAGGUGACCUGCAGUAAAGACAUGUGAAUCAAGGAAUUCACAUGUCUUUACUGCAGGAAAUCAAGGAAUCAAGCCCCUCCACCUGAGGGUGCUGCCAUUCCCAAAACUGACAUCUGAAGGACAUUAACCACACCAAGGGACAUUGUCUCAUGUGAUAUCGGAAUUCAUCAAACUGCAGAAAAUAAUUUGAAUUCUUAGGAAGAAAAAGAAGGGGGGAAAAGUGACUCUACAAUCACUUAUUUCAAUCUGUAUUAAUUUCUAGAGAUUGUUUAUGAUGUUUUGCUGUGUUUUUAAAAGAUACCGAAUGUAGACUGUAUAGAAAUAGUAUUUGUGAAACUAACACAUGAAGAAAAAGAACAAAGAAAGGAAAUCAGCUUUUUUGUAUGCUACCUACCUUAUAGUACAAAGAACAUACAAAAUCAUCACUGUUGGAGGAGACCUUCAAGAAAAAUUCCAACAGCUAACCUGGCACCACCAUGAUCACCCCUAAAUUAUAUCCCUGAAAAUUAUAUAUUCAGACUUGGGUACCUGGCAUAUCUUUGAGACAGUGUAAAUCAGUAAACUGCUUAAUCUGAGUUAAUCUGAAAAGGCAAAGGAAAAAAUAAUUGGUUUUCAACAUGAGCUAAAAUGUAGGUGAUGUUUUUAUCUUAAAGGUUUCACAAGAUAUAUUUAUUUUAUCACUCUGGCAGGAAACGGAGGCUUUCAGUUUAAUGAAGCAUUUCCUUGAAGUCAUGCUGAGUGAGUGUGCUGCACAUCUGCCUGUCUGCACGGGGCAGGCCACUUCUACUUCCUUUUCUGAGGGAGCACCAAGAGAGCUGCACAUUCACCAGAACUUCAUCAAGUGAAGAUGAAAGCAAGGUGGCUUUUCUCUCUCUUUUGUUUGCUCUCAGUGCCCAGUGUCACAGGCCAGACUGCAGAUGUCAUUACCCAGACAGAAGUGGUCCAUGCUCUGCCAGGUGCUGACGUGACCCUGGCGUGUCUGUUCCCAAAACUGCACAGCACCCACAUCAUACAGACUCAGUGGUCCAAGACUGACAGCAGCCCCUCUGCCAAAAUAGCUGUAUAUCACCCCUCCUAUGGCACCCAUUACUUCGAGUUUUCUGAGGCUGCUUACAACUUUUCAGCGUCCUUCAGCACGAGGAGGUGCUGCAGUGGGGACAACGCAGGAUCCUUGUGUUCCUCCACUCUAAAUGCAACAUCUGAAUGCAAUUGGUGGGUGCUGCAUCUGGAAAAUAUUACCAUGUCCCUUACUGGGCAGUACGAGUGCACUUUUGCUACUUACCCAUAUGGGACAAAGGCCACAAAAAUUCAACUUACUGUCAAGGCAGAAGAGGAGAGGCACUACCUGAAGAAAGUGUGGUUAAAGCAGACUUUGGAAAUUCCAUGCCUUGAGGAUGCGACCUCAGAAAAUUUGUCCACUUAUCCUUUGAAAUGGCUAGUGGAUGAAAAUGGGAGGAAGGAGGAACUUGUGACCAAGGAGCCCUCUUGUCCUGCUGUGUACAGGAACAGCAGCAUGCUGCACAGGCAGAGAGUCCUCCUGGGUUUGAACAACACUCUAAAGGUUUUCCCCACCAAAAUCACUGAUGAUGGCAGAGUCUUUUCCUGCCACGUGCUCUACCACCCAGAGAGAGUCCAGAAGAGCAGCACCACUGUGAGAGUAUUUGCUUACCCCGAGAUCCUCAUUAGCCUGGAGGAGGGCUCAGCCAGCACCUCACAGAAGCCUAACGUGAGCUGUGUCGUGAGGAAGGCGUUUCCCAAGCCGAGCCUGCAGUGGUACGUGGAUAGAGAGAGCCUGGCGGAGCAGCCUGGAGAAAUUUCUGUGGUACAAGAAGACUUGCAAGACAGUGAAGGUUUCUAUGAGUUGAGAUCAACACUGAUGCUGCAAGGGACCCAUAAGACACAUAAGACAUUCUCGUGUGUGUGUCUGUUUCCCUUCCUGGGAAAUGAAACAAGGAAUAUUUCAUCAGAAGAAAUAUUUGUUUCCUUCGACUUUGCUAAUCCAACACUGACAUCACCUGUCAUGACAGCCUCAGAGCACCAGUCGACAUCUGUGGCCUCUCUGGAUUUCAGAAGUCAAACAAAUUUGAGUCCCGCUUCCACAACACAAGGAGCACCAACUUCUACCACAGAGGCAAAAGGUGCCACAGCAUCCAGUGAGACUUUGACAACAGCACGUAACCUGUCCUACAGCAUCACAGACCAGACAAUUUCAGUUACCAGAGGAAAAGAUUUCUUUCCUACCAGCAGCCUGCUGAACAGCACUGGUGACAGCAGGAACACCAAAGCCAGUCACUUCCCCUGGCCAGCAGUGGUAGCUGUCCUGCUCCUCUUCUGCAGUGCUCUGGUGGCUUUAGGCAUCAGGAAAUGGUGUCAGUACCAGAAAGAGAUCAUGAACAGACCUCCAUCUUUCAAGCCACCGCCACCUCCAAUGAAAUACACAUCCAUGGCAGAGUCUGAUGGGACUCCCCCAUCCUGCCACGAGCUGGAAAACCUGUAACAGCACCACACAGAAGGCUGGCACAGACAAAAGGCUCUGCCUUUACAACAGUGCUCACAGGAGCUUGGUGGUAAUGACCCGUAAUUAACUUCAGAGCUCCUACAUGGCAUUAAUUUUGGAAGCUGAGCACUCCUUGGGACACUCCUUUCAUGCUGUGUAUCUCUGUGUGUGCUCUGUAUUCACAGUGAGUGUCACUGGGAGAUCACACCUGCUUAAUUUGAAUUGGAUGCUGAACUGGGAAUUUGCUGUCUCGUCCCUGCUAGCAGACUAACACAUGAGUCUGCCAGCCUGACUGGAGAGUGUUGAAGCUGUCCAUCUAUUAAAUGUAUAGACAUGACAACUCUGCCGUAUGGACACCACAGUUACACAGGAAACAGUGGCUGAACACAAGGUUUUGAGACCUACACAAGCUGUUCUUGCAAUUAUUUAUUUUUACUGUGGACUAACAUAUAAUUUUAUUUUCUAUCACUGUGAAACCAAAAGAAAGAAUCAGCACCAUAAACAGACAGAAAAUUGGCAUAGGAUUGCAGCACUGGAUCAUGGAGGGUGGUUGAUGAGAUGAAAGAUUACCAGCCUUGGUGCAAGUGUAUGCAAAGAAGUACCAGUUGUCAUCAGUGAAGUCACAAGAAAGUCAAUUUUGAUCCAGAGACUUAAGGACUGAAGCAAGCCUGAAGACAAUGGAAAAUUCUAGUCCUUUUGGAAGUGCUAUGCUUUUGAAAUAAUACUUACUUCUAAGUCUGCUUUUCAGAAAUUAUAUUUAAAAUAUACGUGAAGGAGGAAAAAAAGAAUGUAAUCAAUUUCUCUUUCAUUGGUCUUAAUGAGCUUCCAUUAUUUGCUAUCUUCACAUUUCCAAGACCUCAGGAGUAGUUUCCCAGGUGGCUUAAGCCUGUCCAAGAGAUGAUCCAGCUUUCCCCCUGUCCUGCCCAAGGUACAGAUUUUCUCAUAUUGAUAGUAAUGAAUAAAUGAUGGUGCAGAGGGUGGGCUCUGCACAGCUCAGCCAGGUCAGCAGCUGUGUGACCACCAGAGCAAGGCACCAGAGCUGCAGGAGCAGCUUUUGGCAGCAAUUGUGGUACCUUCAGGCUGCCAAGAAACCAUCCCUCUAAGCUCAUUUGGAAAUGUAUUGUAACCACAACGGUAUUUCUGUAAUUAAUGCAAAUCAGCUAAAAUUCAGUCAUGUCAGGCUUAAAAUUGAUAUUCUGAUUUAGGAAUGGGAUUUGUUUUAUUUACCGCUCAACGCUGGUCAAUGAGGUUCAGGGUUCAGAGCACUGUAUUUCCUAGGACUUUAGAUUAAAUGAAUGGCUUACUGGAAA